GAUUCAAAAGUCUUUAUUAUCGACACCGUCUUUAUUCAUUUCUCAGUUCUUCUCUUUUUUUCUUCCAAUGUCUACAAACUCAUCAAACAAUGUUGUUCACCUUGAUGAAGUGAUUGUAGCCAUGGUGCCAUUUCCUGAUUUUAGCCAUCUCAAUCAGCUCUUCGUUCUUGCUCGUUUCAUCGCUUCUCAUAAUAUACCAGUACACUUCAUCUGCCUUGCUGAUCGUAACCAAGAUUUGAAACAUCGCGUCCAAGGUGGUCUAUCUGCCUCAAACAUCCAUUUUCAUGACCUUUUGGUACCUUCUUCUCUUGACGCGGGUAAUGGUUUGCCUUCGAUUGUUAUAUUUAUGAAAAAGCUCGUCGAGCCUAUAAGAAGAACGUGUAUUGAUAUCUCUACCAACGCGAAGAGAUUGGUUAUAAUUCAUGAUUCCAUAAUGAUGGAUCAUAUAAGGGAUGCUCAUUCAUUGAUCCCGAACGUGGAGUCUUAUAAGUUCCACGCCAUUUCAGCUUUUGCAAUAUACUCUGGGCUCCGACAAAGUAUUGAUCACUUAGUUGUUGAUGAUGAUGAUGAUGAUGAUGAUCAUGAAAAAAUGAUCAAACAAAUGCACGAUGAAUUUCCGUUGUUGGAUAGAUGUUGUGGACCUUAUGCAGCCGCGUUAGUUAGAAAAGAACACGAAUGGAAGCUCAACUCCGGAAAUAUCAUGAACUCGUGCAGAGAAGUCGAAAGUAAGUACCUGGAUUUACUUGCACAUACAACAGACAGGCAGUAUUGGGCUGUUGGUCCACUUCAUAUGUUGCUAGAAUCACGCGACUCUAGCAACAUGACGAAGAAUGAAUGUAUAGAAUUUCUAGACAAGCAAGACGUUAACUCAGUAAUAUACGUCUCGUUUGGAACGACUACUACUUUAACACAAGAGCAAGUCAAUGAGCUCGCGCUUGGUUUAGAACAGAGCAAUUGUAGCUUCAUUUGGGUACUAAGACAAGCAGAUAAAAAGAUGGAAACUGAAAAUUUUGAAGAGAAUGAUGAGAAGAUUGAAUUGCCAAUAGGGUUUGAAGAUCGAGUGGACGGAAGAGGACUAGUGGUGAAAAAUUGGGCACCACAAUUGGAAAUCUUGGGACAUACAUCGACAGGCGGGUUUUUGAGUCACUGUGGAUGGAAUUCUUGUCUCGAGAGCAUUAGCAUGGGAGUGCCUUUAGCAGCUUGGCCAAUUAAUUACGAUCAACCAUUUAACGCUGUUUUUGUAACCAACUUGCUGAAGAUUGCAACAUCUGUUAGGAGUUGGGCACGUCGAGAGGAAUUAGUGACAGCAUCAACCAUUGAGAAAGCUGUCAACAAGUUGAUGGGAACGACAGAAGGGAUCGAAAUGAGGCAAAGGGCAGUAGAGUUGAGCAAUAAGAUCAAGAAUUCUGUUAGCCGCGGAGGAGAUGCACGCAAGGAAAUUGAAUCUUUCAUAUCCUGUAUCAUCAAAUAACUUCAUUGGGGUGUCAUUUAGACACACAGCUAAGAAGAAAGACAAGAAAAACAUCGCGAUACCACUUGCUUUAUUUUUAGACUAAGUGAAGUUAGGUCGAAGUAAUCGAACCAAUAAAUUUCGAAUAUCAAAUGAUUAAACCGCAACGUACAAGGAUGAUUCGAUGAGGAUCAAAAUGAGGAUAAGAAUAGCUCAGCACUUUCAUCAAAUGAAUGUGACAUUAACUCUUUUAGGUGGGAAGGAAAAUACAAAUGUAGAAAGAGUUUAAGUUACAUAGAUCGAUCGAUCGUGUGAAAAAUAAUUAUAUAAUUAAGUUAUUUAAAAGAUUUGUUAUUCUUA